GUUUUCUUUUGGCCCUCGUUGCUUGCUUCACUCCGUCGACCUCUUGCGACGGCCAAUAGUCAUUUCGUCUGAGAAUUGCCGCGACGCUCGGAUGGCGAAGCGUCCCUCUUCUACUUCCGACUCGGAGUCCGAUGGAACGCAGGCGAGCUCGGGCUCUGAGCCGGAGCCUACGACCCUCCCCGGCUCGACGAAGACGGCAGUAUCGACUUACGAGAAGCAGAGGAUGUCGAGAAUCGCAGAGAACAACAAGAGAAUGGAGGCCCUGGGCCUCCGAAAUUUGGCGAGUUCUGUGAUGGGUUCGAGUCGGAAGGCGAAAAAGGGCGACGCAAAGGGCAAAAGGAAGGUGGGCGAGGAUGACGACGACGACAGGGAUGAUGAUUACGCGCCUGCUUUGGACGAUGGUGGUGGUGAUGAUGAUGAUCUUAGCGUCGACGAUGAGGAGGAUGAUCAGGAUUUUGAAGUAUCUGGGUCUGGUAAAAGAAAGGGAAAGGGAAAAGUGUCAAAACCGAAGAAGAAACCUCAGACCAAAAAGUUACUGAAUAAGUUGGAUUAUGUUGAUGAUGAUGCUGAAUUGGCGAAGGCCAUUGUGCUGUCUCUGAAUGAUUCUACCAGAGUUUCAGGAACAGUGAGUUCAGGGCCUUCCAAAAAUGAGCCUGGUGUAGAUCCUAACGGCAAAGUAGAAAAGACUUGGGAAAAUCCUAGAAUGCUGAAGAGGAAAAAAACUUUUACCAGCAGGGUGAAGAUGACUGAGGACGAGCUGAUUAUGCACUUUUUUCAGCUUGAUGAAGCGGGGAAGGGUGGCAUCACUGCGCUUGAUUUAGCCAAGGUAGCUGAUGCUCAUGAUUUUAUGUGGACAGACAAGGAACUAGCCGACAUGAUUCACUGCUUUGAUAGCGAUGGAGAUGGAAAGCUAAGUCUUGAUGAUUUCUCGAAGAUUGUCCAUCGAUGCAACAUGAUACAAGGUUCCGAAAGCUCCUGAGUGGUUAAGAGUGCCGAGUCUACCUACUGUUCUGAUCAGGAGUGAUUGAUCAAGAAGUCAUUUUUCUGCUGGGUUCUGCUACAACGGCAAGGAAGGAAGCACCCACGCGAGAGAUAGAAGCAAGAAAGUAGUUUGAUCUGCUUGCUGUGGCUGAGAUGUUUAUACUACAAGUGGGAGCUUUCACAGACAGCUCACUAAGUGCUGGUUGUAUUUACUAUAUUAGACAACUGAAUUAUCUGCAACAUUUUUACAAGCUAAUCUAUUUGAGGUUAGGAUUAGCGUGACGGCCGAUUAUAGCUUGCUUAACCUUUUACGCCAGUUGAUUAUCUGCUGGCCUUGUUC